AUGCGCGCUCUCGCACCUCUCCCCCGGGCCGUCGCCGCUACCGCCGCUGCCUCUGCUGCCGCAUCCCCCCGUGCCUUCCCCGGCGGCUUCCUCCACAGCUUUUCGUUCCCGCGCGGCUCUUCCGCGAACCCGCCGCUGCGGCUGAGUGACGGCCAGCGCGCGGAGCGGAACAGCGGCGCGGGCGGUCGGCGCACUACCGUCAUGGCGUCGGGGAGCGCGGCGGCCGGGAACGGCAGCGCGGCGGCGUACGCGGAUGAGCUGGCGGCGGCGGAGAGCGCCGUUCGGCUCGCGUGCGCGCUGUGCGAGACGGUGCAGCGCGGGCUAAAGGCGGAGGAGUCAGCCAGCAAGUCCGACGAGUCGCCCGUUACCAUCGCUGAUUAUGGUUCGCAGGUGCUGGUGGCGUGGGCGCUGCAGCAGCACGGGCUGCCAGGCGCCUUCUCCAUGGUGGCGGAAGAGGACUCCACGCAGCUGACGGCGCCAGAGGGGGGGGGCAUGCUGCAGCGGAUCACAGCGCUCGUGAACGCCACCAUUGCCGCCAGCAGCACCAAGUGGGGCGCAGGGGCAGCGGCGGCGGCGCUGAGUGAGGCGGAGGUGGUGGCGCUGAUUGACGCGGGCGGCGCGGAGGGAGGGAGCAGCGGGCGGCACUGGGUGCUGGACCCCAUCGAUGGCACGCGCGGCUUCAUGCGGGGGGAUCAGUACGCGGUAGCACUCGGGCUGUUAGAGCAGGGCGACGUGGUGGUGGGCGUGCUGGGCUGCCCCAACCUGCCGUGUGCGUCCAUAGCGCACGGGGUGGAGGCCGCAGUGGCCACGGGGCAGCCUGUGGGGUGUGUGUUCUCCGCUGUCAAGGGCCGCGGCACCACCGUGCAGCCGCUGCAUGAGUCUGUGCCGCCCACACAGGUGCAAGUAAGCUCGGAGAGCAACCCAGCCAUGGCCACGUUCUGUGAAUCGUACGAGUCGCGCCACUCCAAGCACAACCUUACAGCAUCCAUCGCACAGGCGCUGGGCGUGGUGGCUCCCCCCGUGCGCAUUGACUCGCAGGCUAAGUACGGAGCCAUGGCGCGUGGCGAUGCCGCCAUUUACAUGCGCUUCCCGCCGGAUGGAUAUCGGGAGAAGAUUUGGGACCAUGCUGCUGGCAGCCUUGUCAUCUCUGAGGCUGGAGGGCAAGUUUGUGACGCAGCAGGGCAACCUCUUGACUUCUCUCGUGGUAGGUUCCUUGAUCUAGAUACAGGUAUCAUUGCAACCAAUGCCACUUUGAUGCCUGUGCUGCUUUCCACUGUUCAAUCUGCGCUUAACAGAUGA